AUGGUGCGACCUUUGAAGGAGGAAAGAACUUGGCAAUGCAAUGUGAUAUUCUUGAGGAGUGGUAAGGAAUUAGAAAAUCCAUUCAAGAAGAUUAUUAGAUUACAAAAAGUGGUUGAUGAGAAGAAGGAUAAGGUGGAAGAAGAGAUUAAUGAGAGCCUUGAGAAGAAGCAGUCACCUGUGAGUUUUGAGCACCACAUAAAAAUUCCAUAUCCUCGGAGGCUGCAAAAGAAGACACUUGACAAGGAGUUUUCCAAGUUCUUAGAUUACUUUAAAAAACUUCACAUUAAAAUUCCCUUUGCUGAGGCACUUGAAAAAGUGUCAAGUUAUGUGAAGUUCAUGAAGGAAAUAUUGUCAAAGAAAAGGAAACUGGAGGACUAUGAGAUGGUGGUACUUACUGAGGAGUGCAGUACAAUACUCCAAAAGAAACUACCUCCCAAGCUUAAAGAUUCGAGUAGUUUCACCAUUCCUUGUACUAUAGGGAAUGUGGUUUUUGAGAAGGCACUUUGUGAUUUAAGGGCAAGUGUGAAUCUGAUGCCUCUAUCUAUCUAUAGAAAAUUGAAAUUGGGAGAAGUUUGCCCUACUACUGUGUCCUUACAAAUGGUGGAUCGUUCAGUGAAGCACCCAAGAGGUAUUAUUGAGGAUGUAUUGGUGAAAGUGGACAAAUUCAUCUUUCCUAUGAACUUUAUUAUUCUUCAUAUGGAGGAAGAUGAAAAUAUUCCGAUUAUUAUUGGGAGACCAUUUUUAGCUACUGGAAGGGCGCUAAUUAAUGUACAGAAAGGGGAAUUGAAGUUCCGCGUGCAACAAGAGGUCACUUUUAAUGUUUUUGCUGCAAGUGAAAUUCCAACUUAUUGUAGAGUGGAUGUGAUAACAGGAGGUGGUAGCAAGGUGGAAGUUAUCAAGAGAAAGGUCAUUGCUCAAGAUGGUAGUUGA